UUCUCCAAGUAUGGGUUGGUACGACGGUUUCUACCUCAAGGCUGCUCAACAAUUGUUCUAACGAAAUGCGACGAGGAGACUGAUAUAAAGAUUCUACUUUCAUCGACAUCGAAAUGGUACAGAUUAAAAACUGAUCCUGGAAUAAUGUAUACGUAUGGUAUUGUAUUUGUUGAAGCCUUUGAAACAGCCCUACCAGUGUCUAUAUCAGGCAUAGAACUUGUCAUGAGAGCUGACGAUUUCGAAUUUAUGAUGGGAGCUUUAUCACGUGAUGUCAACGAUGGCGUUCCAUAUGGAGAAGAAAGAUCGCAACAUUGCUGGACAUUUGAUGUAACGCCAAGUGAAUUCAGAGACUUUCUUGUUUCAAAUUCAUUUUUAUCAUCGUUCCUUCACAAUAUGGAUACUUCAUUACCUGACUGGUUACAAUUCCUCCCAGCGGGAGACGAAAUACUUGGUGUUAAUGAUCUACAAACCGAUCUCCGUAAGGGUCACGAUAUUCAAAAGACAGAAUGCAGAGGAGCACCUUUGUAUUCUGAUCGCCUUUACACUGUUUUAAAGUUUAGCAGCAGUUUUGCGUUGUCUAUUUUUGGUCAGGAAAUCGCAUUACCGACUGCAGUCAGUAACAAAAUGUAUUGCAUUAUUGUUGAUAUCUGCCAGGAUUAUGGUGGAUCUGUUUUCCUAAUAUUGCCUGAAAAAUCAAGGGACAUUCUUGACAAUGUUGACAUGUUCAAGCAAAUAAUUAACGAUUCUGGUUUGUAUAUCCGCCCGAUAGGAGUAGGUUUGUCUCUUCAGAAGCACAUUAACGUGCAUGCGAAGACAACACAUUUGCAGCAAUGGAACGGGGAUGAAAUUAUUCAGUAUCCUGUGUUUCAAGAAGCAAAUAUAUGGAUUGGAGGCGAUGUCAAAAUGGCAACUCACAUAUUCAGAGUAUCAGGAACGACAAAUGCGUUUCUUUCUAUCUUGUCACCAACAAAUUUUUUGAAAAGUUUUAUUCUUGAAGAAUGGGGUUUUGUAGUAAGACUUCAAGCAGCUGGUGCUUUAGAAUUUACAUUCGAAACUCCACUUGGAUUACAAAUUAUUCGAGGCUCGAGCAAUGGCGAAGUUAAUGCUCUGUCUUCGCUUGGAGGAUAUAAUCAGAGAAUUUUUUGUGGCCGCAAUGCAAACCCUGCAGGAAUUUUCAUGUCGGUACUUUUCCACGCUGAAGCCUUUCUCGAUGCACCAGUUUUAAGUUUCAUCAAACCAGGUGUCAAUAUUAAAGCCUACGCCUUUCUUGCCAGUGAUCCAAGUGCUCCAGCUUACAACCACUUACUAAUUCAUGCAGCAAAAGAAGUGCUUGACCUGAAAAACAGGACUGAGCGGUUUGUUAAUCUCUUGCAAGAUGUUUUACACAGAUACGCAACACUGUUGUCGAACCAUUCAACCAUUUUGCUUUAUACGGUAAUAACGUCAAGUCAGAAACUUUUAGACAUUGUUGAAGACGUUUUAGAAGAUAUGAGCGAUAUACCAACUAUUCAACAAGUUAUUCAACUAAUAACUGGAGUUUGGAAAGAUGGUUGGACGCAACUACAAGACAACACUGGUGCAUUUUUAGAUUCGAUAAAAGAAAAUUCACGACUAGACAGUUAUAACGUAACGCAGCGUAUUAAGGAUGAAACGAACGCCGUACGAAACGGAGUCAAUAUGCUGAUCAGAAAUGUGACUGAUCAAGCAACCUUGCUGUUUAAGAAAAUGAAUGGAGCUGGUUUUCGUUUUAAAGGUGAUCUGGAUAUAUAUGGUUUGAAGAUUAUAGGGCUCGAAAUUGAGCUGGUGUAUUCCAUUGACAGUCUGGCGGCAUGUAGCCGGUUUGUGCGUGCGUAUAGUGUUCUCAAAGGGGAAAAGGCCAUCAGAGUUUUAGGUGUUGUCUCUUCUGGAAUCAAGUUCGGACGCUUCCUUCGUAUUGAAGCUGGGUUAGGCAUUGGACUUGCAAUAAGCUUAGAUUUAAAUGGUAAGUUUGCUGCUUUGCUACGAGUAGAAGCCAAUUUCCUCGGCAUUGGGGCUCAGACAGAUCUGUUCAUAACCAAUAAGGGUUUAUAUUUUUACCUCGAAAGCAAUAUAUGGGAUACAUACAAAGCACAACUUGAAAUAUUUGCAGAACUUGGAAAUGAUUGGUACUUAUUGACAUUUGGUGUAAAGGGAAAAUUCGUAGCCGAUGAUGAUGAAAAUGGUAGUUUUGAUGAUGGUUAUUUAGCUGCACUUCGUAGAUUUACAAAAACAAUUGCUGAUGAGGCCAACAAUAGAAUUAGUAAAUUACAGGAAGGUAUAACAAAAGCCCAAAAAGGGGUUACCUCGGCACAAAACUGGCUUGAAGAUAAGAAGUCGAUUUUCCUGAAUGUAAAUUCAAAAUUCGACGAUGCUAUACAUGCACUUGAGAGAGCAAAAGACAAACUAGAAGAUGCAAAGAAACCAUUUCAAGACGCAUCAAGUAAACUAAGAGAAGCACAAAGAAAAGUCGACAGACUGUGUAGGAUUAAAGGAUGCAAUAAAAUAUGCAUUCCAGGAAUCAAAUGCAAAACGUGUCGCAAACGUGUCUGGGGCAGGAAAAUAUCAUACCCAUGUUGUGAGUUUACCAGCUGUAUGACAUCUUUUCCUGAUCCAGUCUGCGUCGUUUUUAACCAUAUAUGCAGUGCCGCUCGAGCUAUUGCUUAUAUAGCGCUGGAAAACGCCAAAGUAUUUGUCCGCAUCCCAAUGUUAGCCUUUGAUGCCGCGAAAAACGCAUUGUCUGCUACACAAUUCAUUUAUGACCAAUCUAGGGUUAUUUUGGAUAUAGCUUAGCUGCGCUUGAAUUGGCUAAACUUGGAUUAGAAGCAGCUAAAAAGAUAAUGGAAAGAGCAAAACUUGCUUUGGAGGCUGUUAAGGAAGUAGUGAAAUUAGGUGUUUCUGCUUUAAACUUUGUGAUUGAAUAUGGAAUAGAGAGUACCAUUGAUGUGCGAAAUUGCGGAUUUGAAGUAACACUUUCAACGCAUGAUUUAGCCGUGUUUGAUGUCCACUGUGAUGUGAACGCUUUUAAAACUGGAUUCAUAACCAUCAGACUACGCAUCAAUUUUAAGGACAUUUUUCAAAGUAUGUGGUAUGCGGCCAAAGCAACAAUUACAUCUAUACUAAAUUCUAUCGGAAGCCUCGGACGCAACCGACGAUCUGUUGAAUAUGAUUCGCUGAAUGUGUUGUACAAGCAUUAUCGAAAAAAAAGAGAUACCCAUGUUAAUGCCACGGAAACGUUUUACAAUGAAACCAUUGACAUCAUCGCUGAUACACUUGGCUUUACAAAUAAUCAGACGGACAGAGAAUAUGAUAUAAGGACCGAAAUUUUCUAUCAAAACUGUAUCAAGUUCAAAAGCAUUCAUAGUUUUCUGUUGGACACUGCUUGACAUGGCAAACGGAACUGCAAGCACCGUGAUUAAUUCGACAUUUAUACAGGACGAUAUUCAGGGAUCAACAGAUAAGCAAUCACUAGUAAAUGCCUCGUUAACGGACAUAGGAAUUGAUUCAACCUUUGCCAUGACUGAGUUCAAUAUAAGCCUUACUGAAAUUACAGAAGCCAUCGACUCAGCUAAAGAAAAAUUGUCUAGCGAUUUUUUUUUAUCGGAUGUGGAAAGAUUUUCUAGAGAUGCGGCUUCAAUGCUUCAAAAUCAAACAGAUGAUGUCAAUAACAUAGAAAUUGUUAGUUAUUGGGUAAUCGCCAUGGAAGAUGGAAUAAGCGAAUACUUCAGCUCAGACACAUGCGUCUCAUUCCUGGAUUGUGCACAUUACGCUGUCGCCUCACUAUAUGAAAUUGUUAUGCCAUCAACUGACUUGCUUAACAAAAACGACAUUUUGGAAAGUAUCUCAGCCUUUGAGGACAUAUUUCUAACAUUGACUAGUAACGAUUCACUGACAAUCCUGGAAGUAUACGAAAUGUCGGAAGGUCUUAUGGAUCACCUUGGUGCGAUAAAUGACGCCAACGUCUUCUGUUCUACUCCACCUGCCAGUAUGUAUCCUCUUAAAAACCAAACAGCAGUAGCAGGGCAAACGUUUCACCUUGUAUGCAACGCCACAGGAAGUCCUCCGCCUACCUUUAUCUGGUUUAAAAACGAUGAACAAAUCACCAACUCGUCGACAAAUAUGAUGUUGACCUUUCAUAAUGUGACUUCUUCGGAUGAAGGUAGUUACCACUGUGUAGCAUCCAACUUGGUCACUAGCCUUAUCAUGAUGCAGGCGUACAUCAAUGUGACAG